CGGCGUUAAAUACAACAACAACAACAACAACUAUAACUCCAAACGAGACAGAAUGGCAAGACGACGAAUCCGAUCCAGGCCUUGAUGACGACCACUGCUCGACUAAGUCGAUGACUGCCGACGUUUUGGACUACGAACAUCUACGUGGCAGAAGUUAUCACAGUGACAUCUUUAGUUCCACUUACUGGGCCCCAAAUGACGAAUUGCAGAGUGAGGCGAUGGGUCUUUGGUCAGGACAGUCAAAGACGUGUGACCCGGGGCACCAUGAUGCUAAUUAAUUUCUGUCAGGCACUCCCUGUUGUGCGAGACUUUGCAUGGAGAGCUCUUCCUUGCCAA